UCUGUAUUGUGAAUCUGAAUGGGACCUUUACGAUGGUCAUUGUUACCGUAAAUUCUCCUCAGAGUUGGACUUCGCGGAUGCUAGGCUGUCAUGUCAAUCAUUUGGCGCUGACCUUGUUGUCAUAACAACAAGCGCUGAAAACGCUUACGUCAUCGAUACCUAUGUUCCGAAUCCUUUUGUCUCGCUCGGGAUUGGAGUCCAAAUUGUUGCGGGGAAUUUCACAUACACUGAUGCAUUCGAUACACCAGUAUCAUAUACUGACUGGAAUAGCGGAGAACCCGAUGGCUCCGGGAUGUGUGUACGGAUCUACCUAAACAAAUGGAGAGACUCUGCCUGUAGUCCCCGACCUUAUUUAUGUGAAAGAAAUCAAUGGGAUGAUUCGACCACUACCAUUCCAAACAUCACAACAUCAACGCCGACUGCACAGUCGACAACAACAGAAUUACAAUUCAACACAAUAUCACAAACAACAUCGCCGAUACCAAGGACGACAACAGCAUCACCAUUGACAACAGAAACAACUAUGACGACAGCAGCAUCACCAUUGACAACAGCAACAACGACAUCACAACCAUCACUAACAACAAUGACAACAGGACAACCAUUGUCAACAGCUACGAUAUCGACGACAACAACACAAUCAAUACCAACACGACCACCGAUAAACGCAACGGCACUAACCUUAUCAGCUGCUACAACAAAUGUUACGUCAUUAUUGCCAAACGCGGUUCAUUUGAUUACUACAGAAUGGAAACCAAAGACCCAAUUAGAUAGAGUAAAUCCAACGUUUACACCGGAAGAAGCCAAAUACGCCGAAAUACUGGGCGCCAGUGGGAUAUUUGUCAUACUAGGGGUAGUUAUAGCAGUCGUUGUUAUGGAUAUUAAUACAUUGAAAUUAAAUGGCCAUUUGAUGAUAAGAAACAUACGGAGAUUCAAGAGAGCAAUCAAACGAAAAAAUCAAACGAGGAGAAAUGAUAAUCCCAGAAGGCCUAGCAGUGCUCGUAUGGUUGAAAAUGACGACAUGCAACUCCAAAACGUUUGAAUCAUUGGAAAUGUAUUUGAAAAAUUUACCUUACUCUUUUGCCCAAAAUUUAUAUUAUAUUACCUGGAGACGACCAAGGCUCCAUUUUACUAAAAAUCCAAAAUCAGUCUUGGUAUCUAGGUAAGUGGUAUUAUUCUCAUACUUGCCUACCUUAAUCAAAAAUAAGGUAAAUUUUUAAUUUUUUAAAAAAUACUUUAGUUUUAUGGUAAAUCUUUUUCAAAAACAAAAGGGUUGAACCUAGAAAAGUGCUACUCAAAUAAAAACUGUCAAAGACUUGUAAAUACUCUAAAGAAACGAACGUAGACGGUUGGAAAGUUUGCAUUCUUAUCAUUUUGGCUGCGAGAGCGUUUUGACAUUUUAUUAUUUGAAUUUACAAUAUGUGAU